ACAGAUUUCUUAAACAAUGGAUGCAUCACAACUGCAAAUGCAAUGGAAGUGCUGUAUUAAUAUUUGGAUUACAAGAUACAGAGGUGGGUUAUUCUUGUUGUUUUUGAAGCAAAUGGCUGUUAUUUUAAUUGUUUAAAGAAAAUGCAUAUACAGCAACCGAGACAAUGAGGCUAGAAGACUAAUGGCAUAUUAGUAUUCAGUCAUUUUUUCCCCUGCUAAAUCAACAUUAAAUUAUCUUCUUGGAAGAAUUUAGAUGGAAGUCAAUCAUUUUAUUGCCUUGGUGCAUACGAAAAGAUUUGGACAUUGCUAUAGAGGUGAAAAAUGACAUGGAUGGAGCUAUGAACUUCACUUUAUUGAUCCUCUGCAAUUGCAGCUAUGGCUUUAUUUCUAAAGACAGUGGUUUCAUUUUAUCAUUCCUGGAAUUAAAUAAAAGUCAGUUUUGUUCUUUUGUGAGAACCUUGGAUUAUCCUGCUGAUAUUUUAAAACUGCGAUGAACAUAAUAUGUUCCAAGCUCAAUCGGCUGUUGCUGAAACUCCAGCACAAUGCCUUUGUGUGCCUUUUCUUAUACACAGUGUUAUUAAAUAAAUGGAAAGAACAUCAUGCAUCGAAGAUAUGACUUUGCUUUUUACAAAUAAAUCGUUGUUCUAUCAGAUUUUUUAAUGUUACCAAAGACUAUGGAACUUGCUUGCAUUAAUAUGCCCAGUAUUAUACCACUGAUGAUGCAGAACAGAUAAAGAUUGGAGAAAUGGCAUUAUUACUUGAAGACCGCCAAAAGAUAACAGUAUAUUAGAAAGAGGAUCUCACUGGACAUAUCAAUUUUUUCUUAUUCUAAAGCAUUUCUAACAAUGCUUUGGACAGCAUUGUAAAUUGGACCCACAUUAUUCCUUCUUUUUCAAAAAACGCCCUAGGAAAAUACAUUUCCAGAGAUUUUUAUCACAACGCUGGGGUUUUGCUUCUAUAUUUCUGAUAUUUCGGUUUUUCAAAAGUACAAUCGGAAUGACCUGCUUACUAGAGAAGUGCCUUGUGUUUUGCUAAGGAAGAAAUAAGUACUGUACAAGAAGAAGCUGAAUAGUGGCCUUUUGCCUCCUUUCUGCAUUGUAAUCUUAAACCAUCAUAAACAGUUCUAAAAUCUACACCGAGAAAUCAAGACAAAAUUAACUACUGGAAUUCACUAAUUAUUGGAGUUCUGACCACGUUGUUAUGUAAUACAAAUCAUGAACCGGUCCACGUGGAUUGAGUGGAUGACUUUGAAUAUCACUAGUAGUGUUGUGAAUGUAUCUGAUCAUCACUCCUGCCCAUUUGGAUUUGGCCAGUACAAUGUCAUUGACAUCUGUAUUCUUGAAACUAUAAUUAUUGUCUUAUUAACAUUUUUAAUUAUUGCUGGUAAUUUAACAGUAAUUUGUGUCUUUCAUUGUGCUCCACUAUUACAUCAUUAUACCACCAGCUAUUUCAUUCAAACUAUGGCAUAUGCUGAUCUUUUUGUUGGAGUUAGCUGCUUGGUUCCUACCUUGUCAUUGCUUCACUACUCUACAGGUGUUCAUGAGUCCUUGACUUGUCAGAUUUUUGGAUAUAUCAUUUCUGUACUAAAAAGUGUUUCUAUGGCCUGCCUUACUUUCAUUAGUGUGGAUCGUUACCUUGCUAUCACAAAACCACUUUCCUAUAACCAGUUGGUCACACCUUGCCGAUUGAGAAUUUGCAUCGUUUUGAUUUGGCUUUACUCCUGCCUUAUCUUCUUGCCUUCCUUUUUUGGUUGGGGAAAGCCAGGUUAUCAUGGAGACAUUUUUGAAUGGUGUGCAACCUCAUGGCUAACUAAUGCUUAUUUUACUGGCUUUAUUGUAUGCUUACUGUAUGCUCCAGCUGCCUUCAUAAUCUGUUUUACUUACUUUCACAUAUUCAGAAUUUGCCGGCAGCACACUAAAGAGAUAAAUGACAGGAGAGCUCGUUUUCCUAGUCAUGAAGUGGAUACUGCUGCAGAAGCUGGGCAUAGUCCAGAUCGGCGCUAUGCUAUGGUUUUAUUUCGUAUAACCAGUGUGUUUUAUGUGCUGUGGCUACCAUACAUCAUAUAUUUUAUGCUAGAGAGCUCUAGGGUGCUGGACAAUCCAGCACUUUCUUUCUUAACAACCUGGCUUGCUAUAAGCAAUAGUUUUUGUAACUGUGUUAUAUAUAGCCUCUCAAACAGUGUUUUUAGGUUAGGACUUUGGAGAUUGUCAGAGACAGUGUGUUCAUCUUGUAUAUGUAAAAAGGACAGUAUUGUUCAAGACCCAGUUCCUAGAAAACGGGCAAAUUCUUGUUCCAUCUAAGGAGAACUAAGACUGUAAAUCAAAUACAGUUGGAUAUAUGGGCUAGGCAAUAUUUCAUAUUCUGAAAUAUUGCUAAAAUAAAAAUGCAACUAAUAUUUAUUAUCUGUAAAAUGUAUUAUUGGUUGAAAACUGACUUAUAAAAGCAUGUGUUGUUUCAAGGAUAUAUUCUGGAAGAAUAUUGAAAUGGUCAGAGAUGGAUCCUUGGUGAAAUGUUGGUGUGUGGAUGAGACUGAUAAAUGUAAAGGAAUGGUUCAGCAGAAUGAAUUAAAUAAUUCAGAGCUGAGUUUUCAACUACAAUAGCAAAAUUGUCACAUAUUAUAUAUGUGGAUGAAUGUGGAGUAAUCUGUUGUAUUGAUAUAAAUUUUGUUUAAGGAAGUAAUUUAUGGCAUAUCAAUUAUGUUUUUAACAGAUAUAAAAUAAAUGUUUCAGUAUAAAACAG